AUGCCGGAGGCUUUCGUACCUUGCAGCGACCUCCCCGGAGAUCUUAGCAAAUGGCUUGGUCCCGAGCAGGUAUCGCUGGAAGUAGGCUAUGGUAGCGACAGCGAAAUGUUCGACGCGCCGUUGAGACAACUGCGCAAUACGUCUGACUACUUCUUCGAUCAACUGGACGACUUAUCCGAGUUCUUCAGCCUGCCCGAUGUAUCACCACGCAAUUUCCGCAUCUACCUCGAAUUCCUCAAGACCGGUUACCUCCCUCCGCCCGAUUCGGACGAGACCACGAAUCAGAGAAUCUCUUACGGCAGACUCAUCCAUGUCUUCAUGUUCGCCAACGAAUUGGGGAUCAUUUUGCUCCGAAAUGCGGUUCUAGACGAAUUCUUCCUGCGCAUCUACGACGACCCCGACGAUCUUCCAUACAAAUGUAUUUUCAAUAUAUACAAAGCGAGCACUCCAGCCUCUUCACUACGUCAUCUCGCUGUCGAUAUCAUAGUGAAGAUUGGAAAGAAGGCGGACGUCAAAGAAUGGAUGCAUGACCUGCCGAAACAGUUCUUGAUGGACUGCUUGACUUCCGCAAGCGAAGAUAGGAUCGUACCCUUUCCCAAAAAUCUUUCCGGAGAUGGCAUCAUGGGCCGGCUGGAGGGAAUGAGGAAGGCAAUGUGUGAAGUGUUCCAUGUCCACGAUUCUGAGCCCGAUGAUCAAGAAUUGGGGUCGCAAGCUGGAGCUUCCGUUCUUACAGGGAACGACCGCCGACCCGGAGAGAGAGCGGAGAGAAGGGAAAGGGGUGCUGCAGAGGACGCAGAGGAUGAAGCUCAAGCUCAGAAUAUGGACGCAGAGUUGCACGAGACCUUUGAUGGGGAGUCCGCUACGAGGAUGGAGUAUAUCAUGGGGCCGUUGCCUAUCAGAGAGAGGCAUUAG